CAGGGCGCUCUCUUACCUGGUGCAUGUCCGGGACUUGACGCUUUGCCCCUAUGACUUUGACCCGACAGAGGUUUUUUUUUUUUUUUUUUUUUUUUCUUUUCUUUUAAAGUGGACCUGUCUGCUCUGCAAAAGCUCUUCCAGGACCAUGUGCUGCCGGUGCCCCUCUGGAGCUGGACGUACUCUACAAGCUGUCCCACAGACAGGCACCUUUAUCCUGGCUGCACGUGGGAGUGGUCACGCAGCUGGCCCAAGAGGUGCAAUCAGUGUGAGCCACAGGAAGUCAGAGGGAGGAGAGCCACAUGAGGCAGCAGCAGCUGCGUUUCACAGAGGAGAUCUCGAUCUUCGAGAGAGCAGGUCAGGAGAGGAUGGAGGGCGAGGAGGCUCCAAGCCACAGGCCCAGACUGGGCCCAGAACUGAGCUGGACGUACUCUACAAGCUGUCCCACAGACGGAGGAGGAGGAGGAGCAGGAGGAGGGGAAAAAGACGCCGACGCCGUACUAGGGGAACAGGAGGAGGAGGAGGAGGAGGAGGAGGAGGAGGAGAGAGGAGGAAGAGGGGCUCCUUCAGACAGACCCAGAGAACCAAAAGUGGCAGAUUGAGACGAUGUCGGCCCGGCGCCUCGCCAAUUCUCUGCCCCGCACCGGACGCAGACUUCACCCCCGUGGCCUCAGACAACACCAAAGCUCUCCUGAGGGAGGUCGGCAAUCACAGAGACUUUGGCCAAUUCCUUCAUGCCGACUUUCACUGGACCGCACCCUGCACCAGCCUCGCCAAUCCCCACUGCGUCCGGUAUACGUUUGAUGUCGACGGCGUCAUGAUCCAGUUGCGUCACACGAGGGGCAUGGUUGCAGAGAUCUAUUUGAACCUGUCCCGUGUGGUUGCCACGCUGCAGCCCAGAAGGCGUGGCGGCACUUAGAAAUUGCCUGGGCCACAAAAUAUCAAACGUUGAAGGCGGCUACGUCCUGACGCUCUACGCCGUCCCCAGCAGCCUGACAGAGCCGGACUUCAGCCUGAAAAAUCCAAGCUUGUAUGGCACACUUGCGGCCGAACUGCUAAAUGAGGUAACUGAGAGUUUUUCCGACCCUUCAACCACCUGCCAGAGAAGGACAUGACCCGCCCCACUGUCCAGAAGCAACCCACCACCAACCCUGCGUCCCACCGAGAGUAUGGACGUGGGCCAGGCCAUUGCGAGCGUGCUGUCGAAGACGGGCAGGACAACCUUCCUACAGAUGUACGCCCAUCCAUUGCAACCAUCCUUUCAAACAUCAGGGCAGUGCAGUGCUGGUCACUUGCGGCUUGAGCCACCCAGACUCCAAGGCUUCCCUUACCAGCAGGGCGCUCUCUUACCUGGUGCAUGUCCGGGACUUGACGCUUUGCCCCUAUGACUUUGACCCGACAGAGGUUUUUUUUUUUUUUUUUUU